AUGAGAGACCCUGUCUUAUACAACCCGUUCUUAGUGCGCGAGUUGCGACACAGCUUUCGCCUGGGUUCCCACAGUUUUGUAUUUAAACGAGGAGGGAUUGGAUCUCGUUUUGCCCAAAUGCCAUGUUCGAAAAUAUUCACCUCGGGCAAAAUAAUUGUGAAAGAGGUUUGCCGAGGGCUGAUCACGGAUCUUGAGAAGAUACCGAGCAGUUCAGAGCGGAGGAAGGAGAAAUCAAGAGAUGCAGCGAGGUGCAGGAGAAGCAAAGAAACCGAAGUUUUCUAUGAGCUGGCACAUGAACUGCCCCUGCCCCCCAACAUCAGUUCCCACCUGGACAAGGCAUCCAUAAUGCGCCUGGCAAUCAGUUUCCUACGCACUCACAAGCUUCUGUCUUCAGUAUGUGCUGACAAUGAGAAUGAACUAGAGGCAGACCAGCAGAUGGACAACUUGUACCUGAAAGCUUUGGAGGGAUUUAUUGCCGUGGUGACACAGGAUGGAGACAUGAUCUUUUUGUCAGAGAAUGUCAACAAAUACAUGGGUCUUACCCAGGUGGAAUUAACUGGACACAGCAUUUUUGACUUCACUCAUCCAUGUGACCACGAAGAAAUUCGAGAGAAUCUGAGUCUGAAAAAUGGUCCAGGAUUUGGAAAGAAAAGCAAAGAGAUGUCAACUGAGCGUGACUUCUUCAUGAGGAUGAAAUGCACCGUUACCAACAGAGGCAGAACUGUUAACCUCAAGUCUGCCACGUGGAAGGUUUUGCACUGCACUGGACAAGUUAAAGUGUAUAACACCUGCCCUCCUCACACUCUGUGUGGGUAUAAAGAGCCUCUUCUCACAUGCCUUAUAAUAAUGUGUGAGCCUAUUCAGCAUCCUUCAAACAUCGAUAUACCCCUGGACAGCAAGACCUUCCUGAGUCGUCAUAGCAUGGACAUGAAAUUUACCUACUGUGAUGACAGAAUAACAGAGUUGAUUGGAUACCAUCCAGAGGAGCUGCUGGGCCGUUCGGCAUACGAGUUCUACCAUGCCUUGGACUCGGAAAGUAUGACCAAGAGUCACCAGAACUUGUGUACAAAAGGUCAAGUAGUGACAGGCCAGUACCGUAUGCUUGCCAAGCAUGGUGGAUACGUAUGGCUGGAGACUCAAGGAACGGUGAUUUACAACACGCGCAACCUACAGCCUCAGUGUAUCGUCUGUGUCAACUAUGUGCUGAGUGAAAUUGAGAAGAACGAUGUUGUGUUCUCCAUGGACCAAACGGAAUCGCUCUUCAAGCCUCACCUGCUGACGAUGAGCACCGCCUAUGAAAGCGGCAUCCCUGGCACAGAGAAGAGUGACUUCUUGUUUACUAAGUUAAAGGAGGAGCCAGAGGAACUUGCUCAACUGGCACCGACACCUGGCGAUGCCAUUAUUUCUCUGGACUUUGGGACACAGAAGUUUGAGGAAGGCCCUGCCUUCACCAGUGCUGUACUGACACCAAACAAAGCUUGGCCAGUGGAAGUGAAAAGCCACACUGCUCAAGGUGAAACACUGACGAUACCAUCCUUUACAGUGCCUCAGAUUGCACCUGGCAGCAGUACUCCCAGUGCAAGCAGCAACAGUAGCUGUACUGUACCAAGCAGCCCAGGAGAUUAUUACAGUUCUGUGGAUGAAGAUCUUAAGAUUGAGGUGAUUGAAAAACUCUUUGCCAUGGACACAGAGUCCAAAAGUCAGUGCAGCUCCCAGACUGACUUCAAUGAACUGGACCUUGAAACUUUGGCUCCUUACAUUCCUAUGGAUGGAGAAGACUUCCAGCUCAGCCCAAUCUGCCAAGAAGAGCGUCCUCUCUCUGAAAAUGCACAAAAUACCCAGCAGAGUCUAAGUAGCAUGAGUACCAUCUUCCAACCCCUUGCUUCUGCUUCACAGAAUCAGUUCCUCCCAGAGAAAUAUUGCCCACAGCUAUCAAAUAAAAACAUUAACCCUGGUCAUGGGUCCCUGUCGUCGGUGUUCUUCAACAAUGCGAGUAGGUCAUCGCUGCCACCGUACCAUGACCAAGCCAGCACUCCCCUGUCUUCGAUGGGAGGAAGACCAAACACCCAGUGGCCACCUGAUCCCCCGUUAGAAUAUGUUCCUGCUAAAUGGAGACUCAUGGAUAAAUACUCAGGAUCCCUAUCAAGUUCCCCCUCAGGGCCACCACCAGUACAUUCUCCGAGCGUGCCCAUAUAUAAAAAAAGGCCCCUGGAUGCUUUUGGGCAACGAGGCAUAGAUAUAAACCCAGCAAGACUUGCUCUGUCUAACAGCUUGAAACUGAAGCGACAACUGGAUUAUGAGGAACAAGCGUUGCAACAGCUGAGUGGGGGAGAUCCGUCUGUCAUUAACCCGUCGCACCUCAUGUGGAAGAGGAUGAGAUUUCUGAAAGGUGAAAACCGUUCCUUGGUUACAGAAAAAAAGUCUCUCAGCACAAGUGUUCUUACUGAUGAAUUUGUCUGUAACUCAAGAGGUCUGAGCCAACCAGUGAAUCAACUGCAGCAACAGCAGCAGCAGCAGCAACCACCCACCUGUGGCAGUCCUGGUGAGAAUUUGAAAGCAGGAGCGUUUCCCCCUCCGUUUUACAGUUCCCAUUAUCAGGACUACGCUGUCCAGCCAGCUCGUAAAGCGUCAGGUCUGACCAGUCGUCUGCUGGGGCCCUCCUUUGAACCCUACCUGUUGCCCGAGCUGACAAGGUAUGACUGUGAGGUGAACGUCCCUGUUUUGGGCAGCUCGACGCUUCUGCAGGGCAGUGAACUGCUCAGAGCACUGGACCAGGCAACCUGAGCGACCCUGCAAUAUUCCGUGGCCUGUACUGUUCAAAACAGCUUCAGUUUCUAAAUAUAUUUUUGCAAGUAGACAAUUUCUAAUACCAAUACACUUUUACAGGAUUUUACUUAGAUAUUGAACCUGUCCACGUUACCAAAUAGUGGCCUUUUGAAGUUAUUCACUUUAUUAUUCAUAUUAAAGAAAUACAUCUACUGUAUUUUCUCUAUUGCAAUUAAAGUGUUGUUUAGAGAGUUUGAUUACCCUUCCCCCUUAUGUCAUUACUUGUAAUUUAUACUCUGAAAUUUUCUUCAAAUUUCAUGCUAAUAAAA